GACUUCUAGGAACACUAAGGUUCACUAGUCUGUGGUUGAGGGCUGGUAAGAGAGCAGAGUUGUAUUUUACACUGAGGCACGAUGUUCCCCACGCUGGUGCUGAUGGUGCUGCUGUGCCUUGCUCCUGGGUCCUUGGCUUGUGACGCUGGCGCAUCACCUUUUAAAUCCACAGGGAUAGUUUGCAGAGUCACCAAACCGGCUGCCUUGGUUUUAAAUCAGCAAACUACCCAAGUGAUCCAGGCUGCAUUCAGACAUGCAAAAUAUCCCAGCAUGAAAGGGGAGAAGUCCAUACUGUUCAUUGGGAAGGUUUUGUAUGGCUUAAACAAUUUAGAAAUCCACAACCUGUCGAUAGGUAAGAGUGAGGUGGAGCUGAGGGAAAACGAUGCCAUUGGGAUUGAAAUUCACAACGUCAGCGCGACCUUCAAGGGGGCCUUGCACUACGGCUACGGGUCGUGGCUCAUCAACCUGGGGCAUUCCGUCGACUUUGAAAUUGAAUCUCAUAUCGAUCUGCGGGUCAACACAAAGCUGUACUGUGGGAAAGGGAGAGUCGCUGCGGACACUUCAGACUGCACCCUGACCUUCCACAAGCUGCUACUACAUCUGCAGGGUGACAAGCAGCCGGGAUGGAUGAAGAAGCGCUUCACAGACUUCAUCUCCUUCACUGUGAAGCUUGUCAUUAAAAGUCAGAUCUGCAAAGAAAUCAACACUGUAGCCAAUAUACUGGCGGACUUCAUACAGGCGCGUGCAGAACUCUUCCUAAGUGACGGGGACAUAGGAGUGGAUAUCUCAUUGACAACAUCACCGUCCAUGAGAGCGAGCUACAUAGAGUCCCACCAUAAGGGACUUGUUUUGUACAGAAAGGUCCCGUCUUCAUUCCUCAACGAGUCCGUGUUCAGCCCUGCCUUGCUGUCGGAGUCGCGCAUGUUGUAUUUCUGGAUCUCUGAUCAGGUUCUGAAUCCCAUGGUGAAGGCUGCCCACGAGGAUCGCCGCUUCAUACGCCACAUAGCAGGAGACGAGUUAAAGGAACUGUUUCAAGUUGAUCUGUCCGGGACCAUGCCUGAUAUCUUACACCAGAUCAUUUCUUCUGAAAACCCGGUGGCUAAGGUGUGGAGCCUGGCAGCCCCGGAGCUAUCGAUGGUCCCACAGGGCACCAUAGUGAAGAGCGCAGCCGCUGUGGAGCUGAGGAUCAACUCCAGCAACGCAGAAUCACCAGCACUUUAUAUUGAAACGGAUGUUGAAGUAGCUGUUCAAGCUUCUUAUGCAAAUAAGAAAUUGUUCUUGGAUGCCAACCCUGUAUCGAUAUCUAUAAGGAAGGUAUCAGACUCCGCUGGGAUGGAUCUGGACACAGACUCUGACAUGGAUUAUUUUAAAGAAAUGAUCCACAGGAUUGGCAUACCAAAAGUGAUCUCAUAUCUGGAACCUGGUUUAACAUCGCUGAUGGACCGUAACCGCCUCAAUUUAUUUGAAAUUAUUAAUCCUGAGAUUAUAACACAAGAGGGAUAUGUUGUCAUUCAGCUGGACUUUGGGUUUCCUCAUCAUUUGCUUGUGGAUUUCCUCAAAAAAAAACUUUAGCGAGAGCACUCCUGUUAACAGAAUAGUGCUUUUCAGUUUGAUGUUAAAGAAUUCUGAAAUGUCAUUGUUUCUGUUAUACAUUUAGACCAGCGUUGUUAAGUGAAUGUGCAGUGGGAGAAAACGGAAGUAACCAACAUAAGGGGAUCCUGUAUAAAAGGUUUAGCAUGGUAUUUUUGUACUGUAUUUUUGCUGUUUUUCCAUGCUUUUCCCAAGGCUAUACUGUGCAUUGGCCUUGCGUUCAAUAGCAGAGCGCUCUCUCGUGGUGACUGUAACAUAUGUUAGCAGUUACUGAAGGGUGCGUUAGGAGCGAGCAGCUUCACAAUAGAAGGCAAGUGUACUAAAACAGUUGCUUUAUUACUGUAUUUUUGUAAUAAAGUUACUGAAACUUGUUUUGGUUUGACGUCUUGAUGCGUGAGUCAGAGUUGUCAAGUUAUAAACAGUGCAUGUUUCCUUUUCUAAACAGUCGUCACUUUAAAAAAAAUACCAUAAUCAGUUUUAAAAAGCUAAAAUGACAACAAAAAUAUUACUUAUCACACGUGUGUUGGUCAUACAAAUCCAUAUCUGAAAAAAUCCAUUUGCAGCCACUGCACUGAUAACGCAGGUCAGCUAUUUUGAACCUCCAGCGAGGCAGCUCUGAGCUUGACUCGCUACUGUUACGUAGCGCACUCGGCGUGCAGGGCGUUGAAUAGAAAACACCACGUAACGCUCUGGAGCGCUCUGCCUUGAACACACCCCUGGUGUGACGUGUUUAUUAAUAGGCUUCACCAUACCUCGCUAUUCUUUACAAUGCUUACUGUACCUGUGCUUUACCGUGCUUUCACUGUGCUUCAUUACACUUUGCUGUGCUUUUAAACAUGGGAAACUUAUAAGUGAUAUCAACUUACCCCUGCAGUGUGAAUUAGUCUACAUCACAAAACCACCACACUACUGAGGACAACUGACUCUCCUUGAGAGAGGACGGGACUGAAAUGUGCAGUAUGGGGUUUGUUUGUGCAUCUAUAUAAAGUGAUAAACUGCCAUGGUCUUCGUCACAAAACAUUUUUUGUAAACUGAACAAUUGUAACUGCUCCAACUAUGUAAAUUAACAUGACUGGCUAGUAACGGAAGGAGCGGUCCCCAAGUCAUUGGGUCGCUAUGUACUGCACUGUAACUGAGCUGCUCCAGGGGACAGGGGGAGGGUUGUUUAACAGGGCAUGUUUUGUUUGACACAUUGUCACUUUACACAACCUUUUCUGACCAGGAAGCGUCUCUUAUUUUGUAUCGUCCUUCAUUAUAGUUUAAAGCUACUAUUCUUUAACAGAGUGACUAAAAUUAGAGCAUGGACACCGCUGGAACAUUUGUAUGUUACUGGCCUACAUUUAGUGAAAGGGAAAUGGGCACUUAUAGUAAGAAUUUGCUUUGUGCAGAUACUGGUAGCAAUGAAAUCAGCUGCAGCGCCAGUUAAAAUCUUUAAAGCAUAACCGUCUGAUUUAGAGUUCACAUCUGCGAUAAAGAAAAUAUCCAAUAUCCCAAAUGUUAAUCCAGGUAUGGUCAAAUGAGUUUAGAUUAAGAUUAAAUCCACAUCGUAGUUUUCUAGGAAUCCCUGUGUAUCCUAGUUAUUUGAAAUACUCUUGGAAUUAAAUGAAAUGCAUUUGUAUAAACGUGGGGAAAUCCUGGUGCAAAUUCCUCAUGCUCUUUUUUCGCAUCUCACACCUUCACUAAACCAUGGAGAGGCAGUUCUGCACUGCAACGGUAUCACCAUGAACGCAUUUUUCUAGUUCAGCAACAUUUUUUUAAUGUAUUUAGUGUUUUUUUAGCCACUCCCACAAAAUCAAGAAUUUAGUGCAGGUGUCUUUGACAAGUGUUUCAAGAAAUAACACCGACAUAUACAGUCAUGGCCAAAUCUGUUCUCAUCAUACUUAUCAUCUUUGCACAGUUGGGCGAGUGUCAUUUUUUAUAUACAUUUUCUUUAAAAUAAUAAUAAUAAUACUGUGACAUACUGGUACCAUUGGUAAAGUAUAGCAACAUGUUACAUAGCAUAAUGAGAGCCCUAACCAUAGGAAGUGCUUGAAACAAAUCCAAUGUGAUAUUGCUACCUUUUACAGAGGAAGUACUGACAGAUCUACAGUGUUUUGUUAUCAGUGUGCAGACGGUCGUAGGCAGGCACAGAGAGAUAUGGAGUUGGGUUAUACCUAGACUACUGCGGAGGCUACCCUGGAGAGAGUACUUUACACGCAAUACAGCCACAAGUGGUUAUAAAGUCAAAUGGAAUGACCUUGUCAUUCAUUUUCCUUGGGAAUCCAGAUACUGGCAUCCUGCAAAGGCUCCCAUUCACAACACACACCACCUGCUUCCAUUGAAGUCCCACUCAUGAAGGACUCAAAAUUCAAUUCAGGGCUCUAAAAAUGAAAGUCUGUAGCUCUUGUCACAUGAUCUCUAAAACUAGAGGAACCUUCAAGUGUACUUAGAGUCCACUAUCCCCCUCAUUAGUAUUUCAUGCAUUUCUAAAGGUUAUUCUGAUGCUACUGAACAGCAGAAACAUUUGUUUAGCUUCCAAUCACUUAAAGAUAACUCUUGAUACAACCAUGCAAAACUGUAGAAAGCAGGGAAGACAUGGACUCAGGACUGUAAGGACCCUGCAUCAAACACAGGCAAUUUGUUUUCACUGUACAUUUAAAAGAACAACUUGGUUUGGGUUCGACAUGCC